GCGCGUGACGACGAUCAUUUCUUUCUUUCUCUCUUUGUUUUCAAUAACUUUUUUAUUUUCCAAUUUUGUCCUCUGCUUUUUCCCCAUUUCACAAAUUUAUCCUCUUCUUCUACCAUGACCUACAUGAGGUCGUAGCUCAAGUCUUCUUCAGCUUGUGUUUGAUUUUUCCAAAUUCCCAAUUUCAAUUUGCCAAACCUUUUAGGGUUUUGGUUGAAUGGAAGCUCGAGUUGGGAACAAGUUCCGACUUGGUCGGAAGAUUGGUAGCGGAUCUUUCGGGGAGAUCUAUCUUGGUACAAAUAUUCAGACAAAUGAAGAGGUUGCGGUUAAGCUUGAAAGUGUGAAAACCAAGCACCCUCAAUUGUUGUAUGAAUCAAAGCUGUAUAAAAUACUGCAAGGAGGAAAUGGGAUCCCGAAUUUGAAAUGGUUUGGCGUUGAAGGAGAAUACAAUGUCCUUGUGAUGGAUUUACUGGGACCUAGUCUUGAGGAUUUAUUCAAUUUCUGUAAUCGGAAAUUGUCCCUCAAAACUGUUCUCAUGCUUGCUGAUCAGAUGAUAAAUCGAGUCGAAUAUGUUCAUUCCAAAUCUUUUUUACAUAGAGACAUUAAGCCAGACAACUUCCUCAUGGGUUUAGGGAGGCGUGCAAAUCAAGUGUAUAUCAUUGACUUUGGUCUUGCUAAGAAAUACAGAGACUCCUCUACACAUCAGCAUAUUCCUUACAGAGAGAAUAAGAAUUUGACGGGAACUGCUAGGUAUGCCAGUAUGAAUACUCAUCUUGGAAUUGAGCAAAGCCGUAGGGAUGAUUUAGAGUCACUUGGAUAUGUUCUUAUGUAUUUCUUAAGAGGAAGUCUGCCAUGGCAGGGAUUGAAAGCGGGUACUAAGAAGCAGAAGUAUGAGAAAAUCAGUGAGAAGAAAGUUUCUACUUCUAUUGAGUCUCUCUGUCGUGGCUAUCCCUCAGAAUUUGCGUCAUACUUCCAUUACUGUCGGUCACUGAGGUUUGAUGAUAAACCAGAUUAUGCUUAUUUGAAAAGACUUUUGCGUGACCUUUUCAUUCGUGAAGGUUUCCAGUUUGAUUAUGUCUUUGAUUGGACCAUUUUGAAAUAUCAGCAAUCUCAAAUUGCCACUCCUCCUGCCCAUGCUAUUGGUCCUGCUGCUGGGCCAAGUUCUGGUUUGCCACCAGCUGCUGCAAAUGCUGAUGGACAGUCAGGUGGGGAAGAUGGUAGGCGUACUGGUUGGUCUUCAUCAGAUCCUACUCGUAGGAGAAACUCUGGACCUAUUGUUAAUGAUGGAAUCUUAUCUAGACAAAAAGCCCCAAUUACAAAUGAUUCAACUGGAUCUAAAGAUGUUAUGUUGUCAAAUUCUAAUUUCUUCCGGUCAAGUGGAUCUGCAAGGCGAGGCCCUGUCUCAGGCAGCCGUGAUGCAGUUGUUGGCAGUGAGACUGAGCCCUCUCGUGCUACCACCCUGGAUUCAAGUCAGGGAGCACUUCGUAAAAUCUCUGGUGCUCAGAGAAGUUCACCUAUCAUGUCAUCCGAGCACAACCGAGCGUCCUCUGGCAGAAACACAUCAAACAUAAAGAAUUUGGAGUCAACUCUUAGAGGUAUUGAGAGCCUGCAUUUCAAUGACGAGAGGGUACAGUAUUAGCAGCUGCCACUCUCGAUCACCUUUCUACUUUGUAAAUUCUGAAAAGUUUAUACCCAUUUUCACAAACUACUGAGUGGAGUGUUGUCUGUGCAUUGUGUUGAAGAAAAGUUGCAAACAAGUUGGGAAUUAUCCGCUUAAGUAUACAAUAAAGAUAUGUUUAGGUGGUUUCCUGACAAAACUAGCCUCGUAAAAGGCUUAUGUUCAUAAAAUUUGUGUUGUACUGACAAAUGUUUUGCUUCGCCUGUACUAUCGUUUUCUCUUUUAUUUAUUUCAUAUUUAGUCAUCUUUAUGCUUUUUCUACCCCUUUUUUUUGGAAGGGGGUGGGGGUGUGAGGGAUAAAGCACAUCAUUGUAAAAUUAUAUAUAAGAUUUUGUGAGGAAGACGUGAACCUGAGUUGUGGCGUUAUAAUAUAAUUUUAUCG